AUGGAGCAGGAAGGCCAAAACGAAGCCCAGGCACUGUCUGUCCUGGCAGCCCCCCAAGCCAAAGCCUGCAGAUCGCACAGGCAGUGUUAUGGUAGCCCCCAAGCCACGACUCAGGAAGAUAAAUUGGCCCCAGAGCUCCUCGGGCCCCAGUGCCCACCUCCCAACCAAGGUGGCUGUGGCCGGGGCCACAGGGGAGGUGGAGAUGGAGGCCAGCCUCUUGUGAUUAGCUUCUCCCCAAAACAGACAGAGCUGGAGGAGUUUGUGCAUCUGCACCUGCCUUGGGCCAGCCUUAAGGCUCUGCAGGUCAAGAUCUGGUUCCCAAAGCAGUUCCAGAAGCAGGAGAAGCGCUGUACAGAGGCGCGAGUCGCAGAUACACCCUGGCUCCGUCUCCUGACCCACCUGCGCUGUCUGCAGACUGGGCCACUUUGUUCUGCCAUGCUCUGGCUCUGA